UGUCUUACACCACUAUGUGAUAAACAAAUCAAACAAAUUGACCUAAACAAGCUGAUUGCAUGCUAAAGCAAAAUUUUUUUGAUAACGUGUUAACGCGUAGUUGAUGUGAAGCAAGGGUUUCAUUAAAGUUUGAGAAAAGCUAUUUCAAAUUGGCGAGCAUAAGGGUAACGAUGAUGGCAACUCCAAAUCAAGAAAACCAAACUGUUCAAUACCCUGGGUUGAAUGUCAAAAUUGAAGAAAAAUUAAUGGUCCUUCAGUUGAACGCCCCUAAGCGAAAAAAUGCCUUAACGCCUUCAAUGUAUGCAGGGAUUACCAGUGCCCUCCAAGAAGCUGAAAAAAGCCCACAUAUAUCAAUUGUUGCCAUUACCGGAACAGGAGAUUUUUAUUCCAGUGGUAAUGAUUUUGGAGUGCUUCUGGGCAAAGUCUCUGAUCUCUCAUCAACAGAGGCAGAUGCUCAAAAAGGGCUAACUAUGGUGCAAAAUUUUGUGGACACUCUGAUUGAUUUCCCCAAGCCAAUUGUUGCUGUCCUCAAUGGUCCUGCUGUUGGAAUUGCUGUCACAACGCUUGCCUUGAUGGAUGCUGUAUAUGCCAGUGAAAAGGUGUGGUUACAUACACCAUUUACUCAGCUCGGUCUCUGUCCAGAAGGUUGCUCCUCUCUCACUUUCCCCCGCAUUAUGGGAUCAUUAAAGGCGUCAGAAGUACUAUUAUUCGGCCAAAAAAUGACAGCCGUCGAAGCUGAAAAAACCGGUUUGAUCACGAAAGUUUUUCCUGCUGCUGAAGCAGAAGCAAUAAUAUGGUCGAAGCUAAAAGAAAUUUCUCAGCUUCCGUCCAAGUCCAUGAUACACGGGAAGCAACUUUGCCGUAACAUUGAUCGCGAGCUACUUCACAAAGUCAAUGCGGCGGAAUGUGCAAAAUUAGCUGAAUGUCAAAAUUCUGAAGAAACAAUGGAGGCUAUGUUAAGAUGGUUCACGCGCCGGUCGAAACUAUAAAAAACCAGGCAAUGCUACAAAAAAUAAAUCCAUAGUUAGACCGAUGGAAGGUGGAAUACAGUCCGUGGGUUUUUGUGUAAUCUUAAAGAUAUAUACGGUAUCAAGGGAUGA